AUGGCAUUGGAUAAUAACCAUCUUAUUGAUGAAAAUGGUAUAGAUAAUACUCAUUUAGACAAUAAUAACAACAAUAAUAAUAAUCAAGAAAAUAAUAAUAAUAAUUUUGAGGAAUCAACAAGUCAAGUAAAUGUUGAUAAAGGAAUUCAAGAUUUUAAAACAAUGGCAGCUCAUUUGGAAAUGGAAAGUGAAAGACUUCGUUUGGAAAGUCCUUCAAUUGAUCUUGAAGGUAGACCAGCCGAAACUGAUGAAGAUUUCAAGCUUAGGAAGUAUUUUGAAGAUUCCAAAAGACAAUCUGAAUCAAAUGGUUCAAAACCAAAAAAGAUGGGUGUUUGCAUUCGUAACUUAACCGUAGUUGGAAAAGGUGCCGAUGCUUCAGUCAUCCCGGACAUGUUAUCACCAAUUAAAUCAUUUUUUAAUUUUUUUAACCCCGAUUCAUGGAAAAAAUCAAAUGGUACAACAUUUGAUAUUCUUCAUAAUGUUAAUGCAUUUUGUAAAGAUGGUGAGAUGUUGUUGGUAUUGGGUCGUCCAGGAUCUGGAUGCAGCACACUUUUACGUGUUAUUUCCAAUCAAAGAGACUCUUAUGUCCAAGUUAAAGGAGAUGUUAGUUAUGGAGGUAUGCCAGCUAGCAAGUGGUCCAAGUAUCGUGGUGAAGCUAUUUACACACCCGAGGAGGACUGCCAUUUCCCCAUUUUGACCGUUCAAGAGACACUCAACUUUACUCUUAAAUGCAAGACCCCAGGUCACAAUGUUCGUCUCCCAGAAGAGACCAAACGAACAUUCCGUGACAAAAUCUCGAAUCUGUUGCUCAACAUGUUUGGCAUUGUCCAUCAAGCCGACACCAUGGUUGGUAAUGAAUGGAUUCGUGGCCUGUCUGGUGGUGAACGUAAACGUAUGACCAUUACCGAAGCAAUGGUCUCUGCCGCCCCCAUCACAUGUUGGGACAGCUCUACACGUGGUCUCGAUAGUGCUAGUGCUCUCGACUAUGCCAAAUCUCUUCGUAUCAUGUCUGACACACUCGACAAGACCACUAUUGCUUCGUUUUACCAAGCUUCCGACUCGAUCUUUUACCAAUUUGAUAAUAUCUUGUUACUUGAAAAGGGAAGAUGUAUCUACUUUGGUCCAGUUGGUGAAGCCAAGCAAUACUUUUUGGACAUGGGAUUUGAAUGUGAACCUAGAAAGUCUAUUCCCGACUUUUUAACUGGUAUUACCAAUGCACAAGAACGUCGUGUCAAUGCCGCCUACACUGGUGUCCCUCCGCCAGAGACUUCUGCUGAAUUUGAAGCACGUUGGUUGCAGUCCCCCAACUACCAACGUUCUAUCCAACGUCAACAAGAGUUUGAACAACAGGUCGAGCAGCAACAACCACACAUUGAAUUUGCCGAGCAGGUUCGUGCCGAAAAGUCUGGUACCACACCCAAAAACAGACCAUACAUCACAUCGUUUGUGACUCAAGUCAUGGCUCUCACCGUACGUCAAUUCCAACUAUUUGGAGGAGACAAGGUCGGUCUCUUUUCAAGAUACUUUUCACUGAUUGUCCAAUCUGUCAUUUAUGGAUCGAUCUUUCUCCAACUUGGCAGUGGUCUCAAUGGUAUCUUUACUAGAGGUGGUGCUAUUUUUGCCAGUAUCGGUUUGAAUGCCUUUGUCUCUCAAGGUGAACUUGCAGCCACAUUCACCGGUCGUAGAAUCCUCCAAAAGCACCGUUCUUAUGCUCUCUACCGUCCAUCAGCCUUUUACGUUGCACAAGUUGUCAAUGAUGUGCCCGUUCAAGCCUUACAAAUCUUCCUCUACUCGAUCAUUGCCUACUUUAUGUUUGGACUCCAAUACUCUGCCGAUCAAUUCUUUAUCUUUUGUUUUGGUUUACUCGGUGUCUCCCUUGCCAUAACUAGUCUAUUUCGUUUAGUUGGUAAUUGUAAUGGUUCAAUGUUCUUUUCUCAAAAUUUAAUUUCAAUUAUUAUUAAUAUGAUGUUUACAUUUGUUGGAUAUUCUAUACCAUAUCCAAAGAUUAAAGAAGUAAUGUGGUAUGGAUGGUUUUAUUGGGUUAAUCCAAUAUCUUAUACAUUCAAAGCAUUAAUGUCAAAUGAAUUUAGAGAUUUGACAUUUGAUUGUACAGAGUCUGCUAUACCCGCCGGACAAUCCUACAACAACUCAAAUUAUCGUAUUUGUCCAAUCCCUGGAGCUGUCCAAGGACAAAUGUUUAUUACUGGUGAAGAGUAUCUAGACUAUUCACUUGGUUUCAAGAUUGAUGAUCGUGCCUACAAUAUGGUCAUCAUUUAUUUGUUUUGGUUGCUGUUUGUAGUAUUGAAUAUGGUUGCUAUCGAAGUUUUGGAAUGGACCAGUGGAGGUUACACUCACAAGGUCUAUAAAGCUGGAAAGGCACCCAAGAUCAACGACUCUGAAGAAGAACUCAAACAAAUUCGUAUGGUGCAAGAAGCUACUGGCAAGAUGAAGGAUACUCUCAAGAUGUUUGGUGGUGAAUUUACUUGGCAACAUAUUAGAUACUCUGUAACACUGCCCGACAAGACUGACAAGUUGUUGUUGGACGAUGUUGAGGGUUGGAUCAAACCAGGUCAAAUGACUGCGUUGAUGGGUAGUUCAGGUGCCGGCAAGACCACACUACUCGAUGUUUUGGCCAAAAGAAAGACUAUGGGCAAGACCCAAGGUACAUCACUUUUGAAUGGUAGACCUUUGGAAAUUGAUUUUGAACGUAUCACUGGAUACGUCGAACAAAUGGACGUCCACAACCCUCACUUGACAGUUCGUGAAGCUCUUUGUUUCUCUGCAAAGAUGCGUCAAGAACCCACCGUCCCAUUGGAAGAAAAGUAUGAAUACGUCGAACAUAUCCUCGAAAUGAUGGAAAUGAAACAUCUUGGUGAUGCUCUCAUCGGUGAUUUGGAAUCUGGUGUUGGUAUCUCUGUUGAAGAACGUAAACGUCUAACUAUUGGUAUUGAACUAGUUGCUAAACCUCAUAUCCUUUUCUUGGAUGAACCGACAUCUGGCCUAGAUUCACAAUCUUCAUAUAAUAUUAUUAAAUUUAUUCGUAAACUUGCAGAUGCUGGUAUGCCAUUGGUUUGUACCAUUCAUCAACCAUCAUCUGUAUUGUUUGAAUAUUUUGAUCGUUUAUUAUUGUUGGCAAAGGGUGGCAAGACAGCCUACUUUGGUGACAUUGGAGAGAAUAGUAAGAUUUUGACAUCUUAUUUCGAAAGACAUGGUGUUCGUCCAUGCACUCCAAAUGAAAACCCAGCAGAGUAUAUGCUCGAAGCAAUUGGUGCUGGUGUCUAUGGAAAGACUGAUGUGGAUUGGCCAGCUGUUUGGAAGGAAUCAUCGGAAUACAAAGAUGUUGCUCAACAUUUGGAUGAACUACUCAACACAGUUCAAAUCAUCGACGAUGAUAGUAACAAAGAAAAACCAAGAGAAUUUGCUACAUCGAAAUGGUAUCAAAUGGUAGAGGUCUAUAAACGUUUGAAUGUAAUUUGGUGGCGUAAUCCAUCCUAUUCAUUUGGUCGUUUCUUCCAAUCGGUUGCUUCUGGACUCAUGUUGGCAUUUAGUUUCUACAAUCUUGACAACUCCUCGUCUGAUAUGUUGCAACGUCUCUUUUUCAUGUUACAGGCUAUUGUCAUUGGUAUGAUGCUCAUCUUUAUCUCGUUGCCACAGUUUUACAUUCAACGAGAGUAUUUCAGACGUGACUAUUCAAGCAAGAUCUAUUCUUGGGAACCUUUUGCACUGGGUAUUGUUCUCGUCGAGCUGCCAUAUGUCAUUGUCACCAACACCAUCUUCUUUUUCAUCACCUAUUGGACGGUCGGACUGGACUUUAGCGCAUCCACUGGUAUCUACUAUUGGAUGAUCAAUAAUCUCAAUCUCUUUGUCAUGAUUUCACUUGGACAAGCCAUCGCAGCCAUUUCAACCAACACCUUUUUCGCCAUGCUCCUCACACCGGUGAUUGUCAUCUUUCUCUGGUUGUUUGCUGGUAUUGUCGUGCCUCCAAGCGACAUACCAACCUUUUGGUACUACACUGCCUACACCCUCAAUCCAACUCGUUACUAUCUCGAAGGUAUCAUCACCAAUGUCUUAAAGGAUAUCACGGUUGUUUGCACGGAUCGUGAUCUCAUCAAGUUUGAUCCACCCACUGGUAUGACUUGUGGUCAAUACACUGAACAGUUUUUCGCCAAUGGUGCCUCGGGUGCUAUUGUCAACCCUGACGAUACUGCUCAAUGUGGAUACUGCCAAUACACAAGUGGUGCCCAAUACUAUGAAAACUUGGGAUGGUCAGAACAAAAUCGUUGGAGAUCAUUCUAUCUUUUGAUUUUAUAUUGGUUAUUCAACACUGGUCUUGUUUUGACAUUUGUCUAUAUUACAAGAAAAGCUAAUAGAUAA